AUGGAGAAACCAUCCGAGCUGAGCCGUUGCCUGGUAACGAUAUGCGACGUGAGCAAUGUUGAAGCACACGAGUCAUCCUACCUUGGCGGUGGAUCCAGCGAAGAACUUUGGAUCACCAUGGGGACAGCCCUGACACCGGUGGAUUGCUAUGUGGAGCUUCUGCUGCAGCAAAUGUUAACGAACGAGCAAAGCAAAUGUACGAUCAGCAGUGCCAAACGCGGUGACGUCACGUUCACCAUGAAGCUGGUGCGCAUCGAGGGACAAAAAUAUUACUACCAACUCACCGUCCCCGAAACGCUCGCGCUGGCCAAACAGUACAAAGAGAAUGGCGUGAAAAUGUUCUCCAAAUACCCGUUGUUUGCGCACGCCUACUUCAACCAGGCGGCCAAGUGUUUGCUGUCCUGGUCGCCGAUCGAUCAGCUCGACCCGGCCAUCGAAGGCGCCGCCACGAUCGAGGAAAUGCAGUCCCUGCUCGAAACCCUCUACCUUAACAUUGCGGCCUGUCUGAUCAAGCAGGACCGCUACGACGAAGUGCUGCACGUGCUUCGCUACACCGAUCAGCAGGAACAUCCCUCCCCGAAGGCAACAUAUCGGAAGGCGUUGGCACAGUUUAAGGUAAAACGGUUUACCGAAGCGCUCGCCACACUCGAGCGGAUUGAUUACGCGAGCAGCAAAGAGUGUGUCGCGUUGCACGCGCAGAUCAUACAAACGCGCCAGCAAGAGGACAGCAAAUACAGCUCAAUGGUAAAGAAAAUGUUCGCUUAA